GCUAAACCAACAACAACACCUCCUAAACCAUCAUCAACAACAACAACUGCAAAACCUACAACAUCUAAAACAACAAUUGCACCAAGCACAACUUCACUAAAAACAACUCCUAACCCCAAAACAACUGCAACAUCUACACAGAGUGAAUCAACAAAAACAACCACAUGUAACUCGACAAAUCCACCACCAACAUCAGCUGGUUCCUCUAAAACAACAGCAACAACAGCUGGUUCCUCCAAAACAACAGCAACAACAGCUGGUACCUCCAAAACAACAGCAACAACAGCUGGUUCUUUCAAAACAACUCCACAAAGAACAACAUUUUCUCCCAAAACGACACAGGCAACAACUGCUAAACCCACAACAACAAAAACUUCUCAACCAACAACAACAUCAACAGCUGAACCCACAACAACAACAACUGCUGAACCCACAACAACAACUGCUGAACCCACAACAACAACAGCUGAACCCACAACAACAACAGCUGAACCCACAACAACAGCUGAACCCACAACAACAACAGUUGAACCCACAACAACAACAACUGCUGAACCCACAACAACAACGACUGCUGAACCUACAACAACAACAGCUGAACCCACAACAACUACUGAACCGACAACAACAACCGCUGAACCCACGACAACAACCGCUGAACCCACAACAACAACAGUUGAACCCACAACGACAACAACUGCUGAACCCACAACAACAACAACUGCUGAACCCACAACGACGACUGCUGAACCUACAACAACAACAGCUGAACCCACAACAACAACAGUUGAACCCACAACAACAACAACUGCUGAACCUACAACAACAACAGCUGAACCCACAACA